ACUAGCCUGCAAAUAAUUAACCGAACGGCAUGGACACAGACACACCUAUAAGCGCACCAACAAGACUACGAGAUAGUGUUAAAUGGAGUAACUUACAACUUCCUUAGACGUGAUUAGAACUAAGGCUGAAUAAUACAAGCACUGAACAGUGUUAAUAGGGCGGUACACGGCUAAUAUCGUAUGUGCUGAAUGUUAGCCUUCAUUCAACUAAGGAGUACCUUUUCCCCGGACGUCUACCCUUGAAGAAUGCCAACAAUCGUUUCCGCCGAUAGCAUCUCGUCGCUGUCAAGCCGAAGCCUCGGUGAUCCGUUCGUUGAGAUCGCUUGGCUUUCAACUGUUACACUUGAGCAGUAUGAACGACUCAUCGAGAGGGAUGAUUCCUUCGCGCAUGCCGUGCUGCGAUGGCUAAGUGGAUGGUUCUACAAAAAUGACCGGGCUUCCACCGAGGAACAAUGCAAUAUGCGGGACAUUUCUGUAGAGAACUUCAUGAUGAAACUUGAAACAGGGGUAAUGCUAUGUCGUAUGGCUCAACUCCUGGUAGCUCAAGCGCAGAAUCUUGGUCGACCUAUACUCAAUCGGUGUGUUCCUGCCUUCGAGUUUAAGCCAUGGCUACACGCGGCUCCGAAAAGUUUUUAUGCUCGUGACAACGUGGAGAAUUUUACGAGAUGGUGCCGCAGAUUUGGAGUUCACGAAAGUGUCCUCUUCGAAUCUGAUGGACUGGUGAUGCAUCAAACUCCGCGUUACGUUCUGCUUGUUCUGCUUGAGCUAUGCCGCCUCUGUGCGGAGCUCGGUGUGGAUCCACCAUCUGUCGAGGCACAAAAACGUGACAAGAAGGCCCGCGCACAAAACGAACACGAAAGAAGCAGACGAUUAGAGCGGGAAGACAAAAAACGGCAACAACAGGAAGAAGCUGACCGCAUUCAACGACAAGAGAUGCUCGAUGCGGCUAUGAGGUAUGCUGAAAAAGAACGCGUCCCCAAGGAAAAAAAAUUUCAAGAAGGAGACGGAACUAAGUUGCAGACAAAAGCUGAAGAAGUGGAGUUAAGUUUGAAGCAACAGUUCGAGGAUUCUCACCAACAGAAUAUCGCUUCAAGUGAAACAUUCGAAGACUUGACUACCUCGACCAUUGCUCGUGAUUCAGGCACUCUCACUGCAGUUUGUUACGCAGAAAGCAUCCUGAUGAACUGUGUUGAUGCUGAAGAGGACCACAUAUUAGAACAGGUCGGGCAAUUGGGCGAGCAAUCGUUUCGAAGCCGACUGCCUAUCCCUGUGAGAAAAAUCAAACCUGAAAUUGAUCGACAGCCCACCAGCAUUUUGGAUGAAAAGGUAAACACUAUUGUCAAUAAAGUGUUAAAGGGCGCCAAGCUACAUCAACUUUCCGAGGGAAAGUAUCUAAUCAACAACCGUCAGUUCCUUGUUCGGUUACUCAAUGAAAAGCAGGUUAUGGUUCGAGUUGGGGGAGGUUGGAAGAGCUUGGAGGACAUGCUGCGGCCUAGGAAUACUGGGCAGGGGCCGCUCUACUUUAAGAAAACGGCCAAUUUCUCCACAGCAACAAAUUCGAUCCCCGCUCUAGAGCCGUUUCCUAAAGAAAAGAGUAUUUCUUCAUCUGGUUUGUUACUCAGCAAAUCCACGGAGUUAAUAAUGGCUGCGAGUAUAUUGCCAAAGCCGCAAACAGGUGGAUCGACUACCAGCCUAAAAAUAGAAAGGACUGAUGCUACCGAAAGAUUGGAUAGCUCGGAACAUGGUUUUUCCGUCGCAUCAUCAAGGAUUCCUGUGGGUUACCGUAGCCGACCUCGAUGGAAGUAAAUGACGUAUAAUAGGCGAUAAUAUAUAGGCGAAGUGCUCGAAGUUCAAAAACGAAAUUGCCAUUAUCAGCCAGAGCACCGAAUAGAUAUGUAAAAUAUACUGUAGGAUUAGACAUCGUGCAAAAUUUACUAGAAGGGUUCACUAUUAUACAGAAAAACAUAAUUUCCUCAAUAAAUGGAAAUCAUUGGACGCAAGCAGAGUUGCUAGCAGUUUCAGUUUAUUUGAGAACUUUGCUUCAAACACAAAAAAUAAAUAUGGAACAUUUGGCGCAACACAAACUCCAACGGUGUAUACUUGGUCGAUUGAAGUAAACAAUAGGAGUCCUUUACUUACUCUGAGAGAUUUAAAAACUUACUUAUAAAAAUAAGGUCGGAAUGGAACUAUAUUCAUCAAUGUCCACUAUGUAAAACAAGCCACCGUCUAGUGUCAGUGGCGCCUAGAGAAUGUAGUAUUCGCAGGUAUAGAAUGUAUUACCUAUUGACAAGCUAGGGCUCCAUGUAUGCGCUCAUAAGUCGCACAAAACGGCGCCGCUGUUACGCUGCCAAGGUAUAAAGCAUUUUCAUACUUAUUAGAAAUCUGAUAGAUUCUUAGCUAGAACAGGAUUCUUAGCUUAGAAGUUGAUAGCUAGAACAUCAAUAAAAUUGAUUAUUUCGCCUUUCUUUAUGCCAGUUAUUCAUUGCGUCCACUGUUUCGCAUAUAUCCACCCCUAGCUCUGAAACCCCAGCAUGGAUAUUUCCUUUAUGUUUGUCCACCGUCUGUGGAUUGUCGUAGUACACAUUAGAUUUGAAAUACCCCCGUAAAAAAAGUCGAGCGGACCUGUGUCACAUUAUUUGAAGCCACUUGUCUCGCUUC